AGACUCUGUACACUUUUGUAUUCAUGGAUGCUAUAUAUGUUAUCAUCUAUAGCAUAUCUUUGCUUAUCUACAUCUAGUACACAACCACAACACACAAAUUAGCUACAGCAAGCAAAUCAUGUCUAUCCGAACUUUUCUAUCACUUCAAAAGCCACAAAUUCCUCAGACUGAUAUUGUUCGGCGGACAGCGAAUUUUCAACCAAGCAUUUGGGGAGAUCGGUUCAUUAACUAUGCCUCCCAGGACAACAAUAUAACUGAUGGCCUUUGGAAAAAGCAGGUUGACCAACUGAAAGUAGUAGUCAGGAGGGAUGUUUUCAGAAAUGCGGCAGGUAAUUUUUCAACACAGAUGAAGUCAAUUGAUGCAAUGCAGCGUCUUGGUAUCGCAUACCAUUUCGAAACAGAAAUAGAACAAGCAUUCGAACAUAUGCAUGCUACAUAUGUUCAUGAUGGUGAUUUGUACGAUGUUGCUCUUGGUUUUCGGCUACUAAGACAACAUGGAUAUAAUGUUUCAUCCGAUGUUUUUGACAAGUUCAAAGAUGCAAAUGGUAACUUCAAAGAAGGCUUAACUGCCAAUACGGCUGGUAUGUUAAGCUUUUAUGAAGCAACACAUCUAAGGAUGCAUGGUGAAGAUAUACUAGAAGAUGCUGUAUUUUUCACCACAACUCACCUUGAGUCAUCUGUAACCCAUGUAAGUCAUCCACUAGCAGCAGAAAUAACGCAAGCCUUAGAGAGACAUCUCCGAAAAAGUCCAGAGAGAUUAUGUGCAAGGCGUUACAUGUCAAUCUUACAAGAUAAUCCUAAAUCUCUGCAUCAUGAAGUAGUAGCUUUGUUGAAACUUGCAAAGUUAGAUUUCAAUCUUGUUCAGUCUUUACACAAAAGGGAGCUCAGUGAGAUCUCUAGGUGGUGGAAAGAACUAGACUUUGAAAGGGAGCUUCCUUUCGCAAGAAAUAGGAUUGUGGAGUUGUAUUUUUGGACAGUCGGAGUAUUUUUCGAACCCCAAUACGCCUCAGGGAGAAAAUUUCUAACAAAAGUAAUUGCCUUGGGGUCAGUUUUGGAUGAUAUUUACGAUGCAUAUGGUACAUUCGAAGAACUCGAGAUCUUUACUGAAGCAAUUCAAAGUAUCGUUUAUGGAAUUUUCAGGUGGGACGUCAAUUGUAUAGAUGAAUUGCCAGACUAUAUGAAGAUAUUUUAUAGCAGGCUGCUGAAUGUUUGCAGUGAAAUUGAGGGGGAGAUGGUAAACCAAGGAACUUCAUACCGAGUACAUUAUGCAAAAGAAGCUAUAAAAGCUCAAGCCCGAUUAUACUUUGCCGAGGCACGAUGGCUCCAUGAAGACUACAUCCCAAGCAUGGAUGAGUAUAUGGGUAUCGCGAUACCUUCUGUUGGAAACACUUUGCUUUCGACUAUAUCUUUAGUCGGAAUGGAAGACAUAGUGACCAAGGAGGCAUUUAAGUGGUUAGCAAAUGACCCUAAAAUUCUUAGGGCUUCCAACAUCAUUUUCAGGCUGAUGGAUGACAUUGUUUCUAGCAAGUUUGAGAAAGAGAGAGAGCAUGUUGCUUCUAGUAUUGAUUGCUACAUGAAGCAACAUGGGGUCUCAGAACAAGAGACCAUUGAAGUCUUCAACAGAAAAAUUGUGGAUUCAUGGAAGGAUAUAAAUGAAGAGUUUCUUAAACCGACCGCUGUGCCGAUGCCUGUGCUUACUCGUGUUCUUAACCUAACGAGAGUGGUUGAUCUCCUUUACAAAGGGGAGGAUGAGUACACUGGAGUGGGAAACGUUAUGAAAGAUGGUGUUGUCUCACUCUUCAUCGAUCCAGUGCCACUGUGAGGAUGACCAUAUAUUGUGAUUGAAUAAUGAGGCCCUACGUACCCAUAUCCACUUGUUGGUUGGCUUUAGCCCAUUUUAGAAGAUGGGGUGUAGUAUUAUUGGUGUUAUGCAUGUGUUUCACCUGCUUUGCCAAUAUUCAUUACUUGCUUGUCCCUUAUGGUUAGGUAGCUCCAAAGUUUGAACAUUGAAAUCAAUGGAAAUACUCUGGAUUUUGGUGGAAAGUUUUGACGGAUGAUUGUUGAAUAAAAU